CGUGCUGAGUUCACGACUCACACCCCACCACACCUUUGACACAACACACGACCACUCCCACCCAUCCAUCACCACCCACAAAUACACACCACCAACCAACGAACCUACCCACUCCGCGACCCAACUGCGACAUCACCCGCCACUUUCCGAACACAGACAAAUUAACAGCAUGUCCCGCGGCGGCCGAGGCGGCGGAGGAUUUGGGGGACGUGGGGGACGCGGCGGCGGCGGCGGUGGUGCGCCUGGCGGAGGCGGCCCGUUCGGCGGCGACGACCUGAAGCCCGACUACAGCGUGACGGAGCUCUUCCCGCCGAUCGUGCCGCCGGUACAGAACCCGCCAUCGAAGGCCGAGCGCGCAAUCGUCUCGCGCUACCGCCACCACCGCGAAAAGAUCCACAGCGGCCCGCUGUACACGGUGAUGGCGCGCAAGCGCGGCAUGGAGGAUCCGUUCAACGAUGUCGUGCGCUACUCCAUGAAGUAUGCGAAACGUGUGCGGCGCGCCCCGAAGCUUGAUGCCAGGCCGUAUGUUAUUGGAUUCUUUCCUGAGGAGCUGUGGGUUACGCUGGGCGUUGAUGGAGAGAACGCGGCGGUGGGUGAGGGCGGGAAGGCGCUCGCGAAGAAGAGGCUCGCGUUUGAGGCGCUGGAUAGUGCGCAUUGGGAGGGGGGCGAGGAGGAGGAUGAAGUGGAGGGAGGAAAGAAGGAGGAUGAAGAGAAGGAGGAGGGCGAGGAUGAGGAGGAGGAGGAGAAGGAUCAUUUCUCCGAUGACGACAACGACGACUAUAAUGCGGAGCAGUACUUCGAGAAUGGCGACGACAUGAGCGAUGGCUAUGGAGACGACGAUGGUGGCGGGGAAGACUACUACUAGAUGGAUGUAUGCACUGGAAGGGGUUAAUAUGGGCGUUUGGGCUGUUUUCAUUUCACAAAAUUUGUAUAUAUAUACUUAGGGAUCAAGGGCGAGACAAUAUGGAUCCGUGGUGAGUGUGGACU